AUGGAACCUCCUACGGUAGAGCAGUUGCAAGAGCAACUAGUUAAUUUACAGACGGAAUUGCAAAGAGUGCAAGGCCAGGCCAGGGCAAACGUCGCGCAUGUAGAUUCAUACCGGGUUCCGAAAAUUCCGCCAUUUCUCAUUAGCGAUCCUAUGAUAUGGUUCAUUCAAGUCGAAGCGACUUUCGCAACCGCGCGCAUAACGGAUGAAAAAACAAAAGCACAUUAUGUAAUUAUGUCAUUGGAUGCGGAAGCGAUAGCGUGUUGCCGUGAUCUCAUUACAGAACCCGACCCGGCCGAACCAUACACGAAGUUCAAGGAGAGAAUAAUCGAGAAUUUUUCAGCAUUGGCCGAGAGCCAACUUCAUAAAUUACUAAAAGGACAAGUUUUGGCAUCCGGGAAACCCUCGCAAAUUCUCAGUAGAUUACGCAAUCUAGAUCUCAAUAAACGCUGCGAUGACUCAGUUUUAAAAGCAAUCUUUUUCGAAUAUCUACCGCAGCAGACUAGAAGCAUCCUCGCGACUUCAGAGAUUACGGACUUAAACAAGCUUGCUAAAAUGGUCGACAAGGUAGCCGAGACAGUAGAUGAUUCUUCGAGAUGCUUAGCCGUCGCCACCACUAAAAAAUCGCAUUCCUCUGACCUUGAGAGCAAAAUCGACCGCCUCGCUACAGAGCUCGCAGCUCUCUCGACCCAGGUUAAACGAUCAAGUAGAUCGCGAGAUAGAGAAUCACCGGACAGGAGCCGCAACGCAGCAAACAAGUCACCCAGUAAUCUAAAACUCUACGCGGCAAAUGACACGCAAAUUAAUACUUACGGUGAAUCAUUCCGAACGCUGCACCUCGGCAUUCGUCCACUUACGUGGAAUUUUUGCGUAGCGUCAGUUCCGUACCCAAUCAUCGGGGCCGAUCUGAUCAAACAUUAUGGUCUCUUACCCGAUCUUAAAAAUCAGAGACUUAUCGAUCCACAAUUUAACACCUUCGCCGCAGGAACCGUCAAACCAGUUCCAGUAUUCGCUGUUAGCAUAAUCAAACCUGUCACAAAAUUCGCGCAUAUUUUAACCAAAUUCCCAGAAAUCACAGGUCUUGAACAAACGGUCCCGAUUGGUAAAAGCGAUGUGUAUCAUCACAUCAGCACAACAGGCCCACCGGUAGCAGAGCGUCCCAGAAGAUUAGCGCUCGACAAACUAAAAGCGGCCAAAGCCGAAUUUAAGCGAUUAGUUGAACUCGGUAUUUGCAGGCCAUCCAGCAGUCCGUGGGCGAGUCCAAUCCACAUGGUUCCUAAAAAAGAUGGAUCGUGGAGAAUUUGCGGCGAUUAUCGUCGACUAAACGCGAAUGCCAGUCAAACCUUUCAACGACAGAUUUUUCGCGCACUGGGCGAUCUAGAAUUUGUGUUCGCGUUUAUCGACGACAUUCUCAUCGCGUCGACAACAUUAAAAGAGCACGAAAGACAUCUACGUACAGUAUUUCAGCGACUGAAGGAAUUUUAUUUAUGCCUCAAUAUCGACAAGUGUCUUUUUGGCAAAUCGGAACUGCAAUUCCUCGGUCAUACAAUUAAUAGCGAAGGAUGCCAAUCUGAUUCUGACAAGAUCAAAGCCAUUUCCGCAUUUCCCCGACCGCGUACAGUCAUUGAAUUGCGCUGUUUCUUGGGUCUCGUUAAUUUCUAUCGUAAAAGUCUGCGUGAGGCAGCCAGCGUGCAAGCACCACUCAACGAAUAUCUCCACGAGUCGCGCAAAAACGAUAAACGUGUUAUCACAUGGACACCAAUCGCCGAAGAGGCAUUCCAAAGAUGCAAAAAAGAUCUCGCCAAGGCGACCAUGCUUUCCCAUCCAGAUGACACGGCUGAAACACGCCUAGUCACUGAUGCUUCUGAUUUUGCUAUGGGAACAGCUCUCGAACA